AUGGCUUCAAUCACCCUGCGGAGGAACCUUUGUCACUUAUCUGAUUUUUGGAUACACGGAGCUACUCUAAAAAAUCAACCUAUAAAUCAUGUUCACAAGACAGUCAAGGGGCAUCUGUGUCCUUGGUUCUGUUCACAACCACCUGAGCUUUUCAGGGUAAGAUUCCGUCACGCCUGUUGUAAAAAGUUUCAUUCAGAAAAUGGAAAUGACCCUCAUCCGGUAUACUCUCAAGUACGUGACUGGGACAGGCUUGAACAAAAUCUUAAAAGUGAAGACGAACAGAUAUUUAUCAGGAGGCUAAACAACUUCACUUCAUCAGAAGAAGUGUUAAGUUUCAUAAGCACAAUGGAAACUCUCCCUGAUACUGUGGCAGCAGAAGCUUUACAACGGAUUUGUGAAGUGGAAAAAAAAGGUGGUGAUCGAAGGCUGCCAAAAGACAUACUAGAGAAUAGCCUCUUUCAAGCUUUAUGCUUUCGGUUUGAACAGGAACCCUCACAUCUGUCAAACACUAGUUUGAUGGCUUUUUUGCAGUCUCUGAUUCUGUUGCAUGUGGAUCCUCAAAGUAGCCUAUUACUGAACCUAGUGGCAGAGUGUCAGAAUCGUCUCAAAAGAGGUGGCCUGGAAGUUCACAAUCUUUGUAUUCUUGGGGAAAGUCUGAUUAGACUGCAAGGUCCAGAUUGUGUGACACUAGAACUGAUUAUUUAUCAACUGCAAGGUGAAAAAUUGGAAACAUUUACCCCGGAGGAUAUUGUGGCCCUUUAUAGAAUAUUGCAGGCCUGUGCUGAAAAAAUGGACCAACACCAAACAUUUUUAAAUAAGAUAAACAACUUUUCCCUUUCAGUGGUUUCCAACCUGAGUCCUAAAUUGAUUAGCCAAAUGCUCACUGCCCUCGUUGCUCUUGAUCAAACUCAGGCACUUCCUCUGGUUAUAAAAUCGAGUAAAUAUGUUGUGAGGCACAUCACACAUUUCACUAAUGAGGAACUUGGAAGAGUCUUAGAGGCUUUCAUAUAUUUUGGGCACAGUGACAGAUUUUUUACAAAAGCCCUAGAGCAACACGUAACUGCACGUUCUCUCACCUUGGAUCCUGAAGUUGUCAGCAAAAUCAUGGAGUACUGCAGUAGAAAACUGAUUCUUUCAAAACCCAUCUUUGAUGCAGUGGCAGAAACUUUUGUUUGCCAAUCAGAAAAAUUUUCACCUAGCCAGAUUUCUAAAUUAAUUGAACCAUUUGGAAAACUCAAUUAUUUGCCACCAAAUGCCUCUGCUUUAUUUAGGAAGCUAGAAAAUAUGCUAUUCACUCAUUUUAAUUAUUUUCCACCCAAAACACUACUGAAACUUCUCCAUUCAUGUUCACUUAUUGAACGCCAUCCAGUCAACUUUAUGGCAAAAAUAUUCAGCCCUUUUUUCCUUCAGCGUCUUCAAGGGGAAGAAUCUCGUUUGGACAGAUUGAGUCUGGCCCGACUGACUCAACUUUUCUUAACCUCAGUCCUUGAAUGCCAUUUCUAUAAGAGUAAAAGAAAAGCAUCUCAUAAAGAUGUGGAAAUUAAAUUAGAUGAAGAAGGAUUUGUAUUGCCGUUCACAGUUGAUGAAGAUGUCCAUAAAAGUUUCACCAACUGGAUGAAUUCGACAAGCUCUGUCAGAUUUAUAAAACCAAGUCCUUAUAAACUGAAUCCUUAUGCUCAUGAAUGUUUAUGUCUAUACCUAUGCAAGCAAAAGAUCCCGUAUCAUGAGAUUGAUAUACUAAAAUCAAGACUAGAAUUGGUGGAAUAUUUACAAAGAAAACUGUUUUCUCAAAGAACUGGUGAUCAUUGGUAA